AUGACAACCGCUAUGAUCGCACCAUCUGAUGCAGUAAUGAAUACGAACGAACUUCCCACUCAAGAGACCAAGCGCCAAUUCGACUUGAAAGUACUUCGUGAUGCAUUUGUUACUUGUGUACAAUCAGAUCAUACUCUUCUUCUCCGAGAAUACGUUCGUGCGUAUGAAGAAUUAUGCACAUUUGUUUCUUCUCUCGGAACGAUUUUUGAAUGGGCAACAAAUGAUUUAUCACUGAAAUUAAAUGUUCUCAAAGAACACGAACGUCUCGAUCCGGUUAAUUAUCAUUCAAUUCAAUCCAUGAUUGCAUAUGAAGUCGAAUCCGGUCGUGUUCUCUCCAGAGAUACGCCUUUUUUCCUUCCGUCCGGCAAGCCCUUACCCAACGGGAGUCGGACAUUGUUACGAUUACAUCGUGCAUUGGCUUUCAUUUCUGCUUUUCUAUCGGAAAUGCGAACUGCACCCGAUGACGCCAGUUCAGCAUCGAUUGCAUGGACUGCUUACUCAGCAACUAUGGCCCGUUUUCAUUCAUGGCCUGUUAGAUAUACAAUCCAUGCUGCUCUCAAAUUGAGUCUUCCAAAUCGACAAGAUCUCAUCAAUAAGUUGCUUACCGAGCGUACUCCCGACGAAAUCAAUGUCUAUAGUGACGAAAUUAUACGAUCAUGUAAUAUCAUCGAACGAACAACACACGAACUUUUUCGAAAGAAUGGCUUGACAAAAUUAGCGUGA